AUGCUCCGCCCCGCCCUCCAGACCGCACGUAACGUGCGUGCCGCGCGCUCGUUCCAGACCUCGGCGGCCCGUCGCGCCGCGCACGGCGACUCGAAGUACGACACGCACGAGUCCUUCUUUACCGGCCCCUGGAUCCACGCCGGUAUCCUCUUCGCUUUAGGUGUGACGGCGUACAACUUCCUCCCCGCGCCCAAGGAGGUCGUCGCCGCCCCCGUUGUUAACACGGACGCGCUCGAGGCCGACGCCAAGGACGCUUCGUUGCCGUGGCUCACCCGUUUCCUCUCGGGUCGCAUUGCCGAGACUGCCGACAACAACGACAAGUACAAUGACAAGCACCUUGCGCUUGCUGUCGACGUGGCUGACCAGCGCCUGCUGUUCAACGAGGCUGAGAUGCCCAAGGUUCGCAGGCUUACGUACCCUAGCCUCUUCGAGCAGCAGUCGCCUAACUGCGUCGGCGUCGGUACCGAGGUCAACCUGUCCGACCUGGUGGUCAAGACCGAGGAGCAGUAA